UUUCUCCUCUCUCAGACUAAACUGAAAUAACCACCCUUUUCCCAUUUCUCUCUCUCUCCUCUCUUAUUGUAUCUAUCUAUCUAUCUAUCUAUAUAUAUAUAUAUAUAUAGAGAGAGAGAGAGAGAGAGAGAGAGAGACAGAGUUCUGCGGUGCUCCGGAGUAUUGAAACUCCGGAAAGACUGCCCCUAAAAAUCCAUUACACCCCAAUUAACCCCUCCUAGGCUUUCAUCAGGUUAACCAAUCCGCCACAUAUUCCAGUAAGGAUGAAAUGCAUAUUGGAUGUUGAAGAAAAAUCAAACGUGGGUUGUGGUUCUGGAUCUUCCAGCUAGGUUGGGUUCUGAGUUUUUGCUCAAUACAUCUGCAUUUCUUGAAUUGGAGAUUUUGGUGGUACACUACAUCAAUACAUUGGCUCACACUCGGUACACCUCUUCCAGCUGUUGCCAGCAGGUUUUUGCUGGCAUUAAAGUUGCUUUGGCUUACUACUGAAAAAUUUAUGAGUCCCCAGAGUACAUUGAAUCCUUGUAGAGCCCUAGAGGGCAUGCAUGGGGUACAUGUGGUGCCUAGUUCACGGUUUGAAUCAGAAGAGACUACUCAAGAUGGGGACUUUGCUCACUCAACUUGUACAAGUUCGGCUAUUGGAACAAAUUUGUCUAUGCAGCGAGUAUGGCAGCACACACCACCAUGUUUGAAGCCUAUUCAGGGUUGCAUUCACGGCGAUCGUAACCUCGCAGAAAGAGCUGUUAAUGUGCUCACUUCACUUCCUUUCAUAGUUCUUGGGAUCCAUGCCCCAAGGAAGAAUCUAAACACCAAGCUAUAUGCUAAUUCAUUAAUUGGAGUUGGAGUUGCCUCGAGUUUAUAUCAUUGUUCAAGAGGAAAACUAAGGAAAUAUAUGAGAUGGGCUGACUAUACAAUGAUAGCUACAGCAACAGUAUGUCUCUCAAGAGCACUCAGAAAUGAAAACCCAAAAUUGCUCAUGGCAGCUUCUGCAGUAUUUCUACCUAUCCAGCCUCUGAUGGUUUCAGCUGUUCAUACUGGAAUGAUGGAGGUAGCGUUUGCCAAAAGAGCGUUAAAAGAUCCAGAGCUAAGGAUGGCACACAAUGUGCACAAGAUGUCGUCAUUAUUGGGUGGUGUACUUUUUAUUGCAGAUGAUGUGUUUCCCAGAACUCCAUACCUUCACGCUGCAUGGCAUCUUGCUGCAGCUGUAGGUGUUAGCACCUGCAAUAAGCUUCUCGAGUAGUUAAUUAUCAAUGUAUUAAGUCAUGUAUUUUAUAUUCAAUCAUUUGUAACCGAAAAAACAUUAGAAACAAAUAAGAAAAGAAAAAUCAUCUAAAGCGCUGCAUCGGGGAUCUGCUCAUUCCAUAGUCAUAAAUCACGAUUCUUUUGCCUAA